AUGGGGUUAGGGAUCUUGGAACCACGAUCUGCGGAGAGUGUACCAGGAACUACCCGCUACUUUGAAGACCCCGAAACAUCACCAGCGACAGCGACCGCGACCGCGCCCGUUUCCUCGAAUCUGAAAUACGAUACCUCCGGGCCCGUUCCCAUUGUUCUCAUCCCUCAACCCUCCGACGACCCAAACGAUCCUCUCAACUGGCCAUUAUGGAAGCGCGAUCUCAUAGUCACCAUCCUCUCCAUCACCUCCAUCUUCGCGACCUGUCUAGGCCCUAUUCUCGCGGCGAACACGCUCACCCUCUCCCUAUACUUCCGUCUAAAAUUUACCAAAAUCGCGGUGCUUACAGGAUGGUAUCUCUUAGGCGUGGCUAUAGCAGCGAUAUUCUUUGUACCGUCUGCGCGGAUUUGGGGGAAGAGACAUUUGUUCUUAAUUGGAACGGUUACGCUGAUUAUUUCGAGUGUUUGGGGGGGUGCUGUCAAACAUAAUUAUGAUAGUCUGGCUGCGGCUCGGUUCUUUCAGGGUGUAGGAACUGCGCCAUUUGAGACGCUAGUUAAUGCUGCCGUGGGAGAUCUAUACUUUGUUCAUGAACGUGGCAAGCGUAUGGCUUUGACCAAUCUGGCAGUCUUUGGGGGGGCCUUCUUCACUCCAAUUCUGGUCGGCCGUAUCACACACGUAAAGACUCUAGGAUGGCCGUGGACUUUUUACUUUGUGGCUAUAUUCACAGCCGUUUGCCUGCCUCUGGUCUACUUCUUCGUCCCGGAAACAGCAUUUGUUCGUCCAGACCAUCUCAACACCGAUAUUGCGAUUGUCAAGCACGAAGAAUACCAGAAACAUCCAGAUCAUCAAACAGCAUAUGAGCUCAAUCCAGGAAGACCCACGUCGGCAGAACGAGCUUCUGAGGGACAGGAUCAUGAGUCUCAUCGAUCAGCUACCGGCAUAUUUGCUGGGGCCGGAACGCCGAGGAAAAGCAGGUCGGAAAAUCUACGUAUCUUCAACGGUCGAGUUUCUCAAGAAAGUUUCUGGAAAUUAGCGUUACGGCCAUUCCCCCUAUUUGCGCACCCGGCAGUAUUAUGGGCAUCGCUGAUUCAAGGCGCUAUGAUUGGUUGGACUGUUUUCAUGGGAAUUAUCCUCGCGGCAAUCUUUCUUGGUCCUCCUCUUUACUGGAAUGAGGAGCAAACAGGCUACGCCUAUGCUGGAGCUUUCGUCGGUGCAGUCGUUGGGUUUUUGAUGGCCGGCGCACUCGCGGAUUGGAGUGCGAAAUACAUGACGCGAAGGAACAAUGGUGUAUACGAACCGGAAUUCAGAAUCAUUCUUGUAAUUCCACAACUCAUAUUUGGUUGUGCUGGAUUGUACCUAUUUGGUAUCACGGCUGCCGCACUGGUGGAUUAUCCUCACGUUCUUCCUAUUGUGGGCUUUGGACUUCAAGUCGGUGGGAUGGUUAUUGGAGCCGUUGCUGCAUCUCUUUACAUCGUCGACGCUCAUCGUGAUAUCGCCAUUGAAGCGUUCACAACAACCAUUAUUUUCAAGAAUCUAUUCUCCUUUGGCCUAACUUUCAGUGCAUACGACUGGCUCGUCAGUGCCGGAACAUACAAGACUUUUAUGUGGAUAUCAAGUAUUCAGAUCAUUAUUUGUCUUACUAGUAUUCCUAUGUAUAUCUUCGGUAAACGCAACCGAGAUUUCUUUCACCGUCAUAAUAUUUUGAAGAUUUGUGGAUUAGCGGGCUAG